GCCUGCCGUCGUCUCAUUGGUUGCCUGACGAAGGGGUUAACGUGAAAACGCUCUACUUACAAUGAAUCACAAUGGAGACUAAAUAGGAGAUCUUAGGAAUUCAGGCUUUUAAUUUAUUUAUAACAUAAAGUUAGAUCUUCAAUAGCCGCGUCGGAAAUCUGUCGUUCGUAUUUUGACACGUAAUUUUAGUCAGGAAAACAAGUCGCGGGCAGAUCCUGAAGUGUCGCUACAAGUGUUUUGAACAAGGAAAUCGUCUCAGGCUAACGUUAUGUAGCAAGCUAAUCACACUUAUCCAUUCGUAAACUGCGAUAUCGCUCAUCCCACCGUCUGUUAUAAAUCCCACGCUUCGGGCAUGACCGAGUACAAGCUUGUGGUGGUGGGGGCAGGAGGCGUGGGGAAGAGCGCGCUCACCAUCCAGCUCAUCCAGAACCACUUCGUCGAUGAAUAUGAUCCAACCAUCGAGGACUCGUACAGAAAGCAGGUGGUCAUUGACGGAGAGACCUGUCUGCUGGACAUCCUGGACACCGCAGGUCAGGAGGAGUACAGCGCCAUGAGGGACCAGUAUAUGAGGACGGGAGAGGGCUUCCUCUGCGUGUUUGCCAUCAACAACACCAAGUCCUUUGAGGACGUUCACCUCUACAGAGAGCAGAUCAACCGGGUGAAGGACAGUGACAGCGUUCCCAUGGUGCUGGUGGGGAAUAAGAGUGACCUGAGCACCCGCACCGUGGAGACGCGGCAGGCGCAGGAGCUGGCCCGGAGCUACGGCGUGCCGUUUGUCGAGACCUCUGCCAAAACCAGACAGGGUGUGGAGGAAGCCUUCUAUUCGCUGGUACGGGAGAUCAGAAGAUAUAAGGAGACCAACCGCAGCAACAAGAAGAGCAAGAAGAACACUCAGAGACGUUGCAUAAUACUAUAGCGAACCACCACCAGCAUCCCUUGCGGCACUUGUUUCAUGCUCCCUCUUAAAACACUGCACCUCCUGUAUCACUUUGGAGGUGUCCAGCACAGCUCCAGACAUGGGAGCAGGCGUGGCAAAAUGCAUUUUUACUGCUGUCACAGUUUCCACUAACAGUAUGUCACCACAAGAUUUGCCAUUUAUUCAUCCAAUGUGCAGUGUCCAUUUAAAGCUGUGAAUUCAGUUGGUUUUGUUUCGAUGACCAAACAACUAGAAGCUACAGUUUUUAGUUGAAUUAAGUUUUUCUUUUUGGUUAAUGUCAGCAUUUGCAAAAACUUAAUUUAAGUCUGUGGUAGAAAGUUUUUUUUGGUUUUCUGUUUAUUUUUUUUCCAAAAACCUGUGAGAAGUUCUCUGUACAGAUAAUUCUCUUUUUCUAAUUACAAAUAGUCUGACCAGUGUUUUCAGCUCCUCUUGACUUUAGGGGUCAAGGGGUUCACACUGGUCCCUCACUGCACUUUGCGGUCACAUCAGGCGAUGCAUUGAAUUCAAAUCUCCAAAAUUAUUUUAGGAAGGAACUCACUGUUCAAAUGAGUUGUUCAGUGUACAUCCGACUUCAUGAGGAAACAACAUCCUAAUUACUUGGAUACUUUAUUC